AUGUCAGAACCUUUGGAAACAGAAGACUUUUUCAUGCAUUUAUGCAGUUUAGCAGCUAAAAGAAGCAAUGAUCCCGUUACUCGUGUAGGUUCUGUCAUAGUAAAUGAGGACAAUAUUAUUGUUGGUGUGGGCCAUAACGAAAUGCCUAAAAAUUCCAAUAAGUUUUCAUGGGAGAAAGAUAAUCCAAAUCCUUUGGAAAACAAGGGUCCGUACGUUUGCCAUGCAGAACUAAACGCUAUUGUAAACAAGAAUGCUGCCAACCUAAAAAAUUGUAGAAUUUACGUCUCCAUGUUUCCGUGUAAUGAGUGUGCUAAGCUCAUUAUUCAGUUAGGAAUAACUGAAGUUAUAUAUUAUUCCGAUAAACGAGCCAAUAAAGACUACACUAAAGCUUCCAAACGAAUGUUUCGGGAGACAGGUGUGAAAGUAAGGCAAUUCUCACCAAAAAAUGAAAAAAUUUCAAUUGAUUGUGACGAAAUUAACGGUGAUAAAAGUAGAAAAAGGAGACGACCAGAUGAGAGUGACAGUUAA